AAUCUUACUGUCAUCAUAACAAUAAUAACAUCCAUUGCGGUCGGUUUCCUUAGGUGAUUUCGGUUAAACUAAACCAUUGCAUUUUGAGUAAAAUGGGUUAUCUACUCGCGUUGCUGCUAUCUACUUUCCUCGUACUAAAUGUGAUUCACUACACAGCUGCCGGUGGUGGUGGCAGCAGUCACAAGAAGGUGAUUAUACAUGUGCCUCUCUUCAUCAAACACCAUCAUCAUACUCACACCGUCUACAAACACGUCAAACCUGUUCACGAAUACAAGGUUUUGGGAUAUACGUAUGGAGAUCAUGGUGGUGAUGGAGGACAUGGAGGUGGAGGCCAUGGUGACGAAGGACACCAUGGUGGCGGAGGCGGAUAUGGUGGUUAUGAUCAUAGUGGAAGUGGAAGCAGUGACUAUCUCAGCGGUGGAAGUGGAUAUGGACAUAGUGGCAGUGGUUUAAGCAGCGGUUAUGGUCAUAGUGGCGGUGGUAAUAUUGAAAACAAUUUCGGACAUAGCGGCGGCGGAUACGGAGGUUGGGAAGACGAUCGAUAGUGCAAAUGUUUGCGAAACGAUUGCGUCUAAGUUAGUACCUCAGUUAAAUUUUUGCAUUUCUUUUCGUCAGAUUUUUUGUUCUAAAAAAUGUUUGGAACAAUUUCAAAUCUCAAUAUGUGCCUGCCUAGUCCGUAGUUGUUUUUUUUGUGGUUAUUAGUGCGAAGUGUGACUGCUAAGAAUUUGUUUUUAAAAAAAUUGAAAAAUUAAAAAAAUUAAAAAAAUUGAAGGAAA